UUAGUUGGAAGUUACAAAAUGAAUGUGCCGCUCAUAUACGUUAUAGAAAAUGUAAUAGCCAAUUCGUGGAGAAAUCAGGUGUGGUAUUAUCAUUGUUAAAAGUGUGCAGUUCUAUUUUGAAAUUGGUAACCUAACUCACCUAUCAUCAGCAAAGAUGAUCCUAUUAUCGUUUUUACUUGCAUUUUCUGUUGUUUGCAAGGCACAAAAUAGUUACAAAUACGAUAGACCAGACAUAGGAUCUGGAAUUGCAAGCACCAGUCAUACUGGAUUCGGCGGUACCGGUGCACCCCCUUAUCCGUCUGCUCCUAGUUUUAGCGGGAUUGUUGGUACGACUACACCAGGCUUACAACUGAGUAGCACAGGUUAUUCGGCUGGACGCCCUUCUGCACCUGCUUUUGUCACUCAGACUAACGUUAGUCCGGUAGGAAACGCCGGUUUCACUUCAACAAUUCCAACCGGUUUUUCUAGCAGUGCUUAUCCUGGAACCGGAAGCGCCACUGGAUUUGACAGUGGAACUACUGGCCCGGGAUUAUCUGCAACCGGUUCUCGUUCUAGUAUCUCAGAUCAACAACGAACGAGUAGUGGUGCAAUUGCACCUCAAGGAACUCAAACUGGAACUGGCAGAAAUUAUGGCGUUCGACCAGCAAAUAACAACGAUGGAAAAACAGAUGAUGGAGACUAUAGUGCAAUUCCAGGUGACGCUGGCAAAGAUUAUCCAAUUUAUCCUGAAAUUCCCAAUACCUCGUUUGAUUGUAAUCAGCAGCGUUUUCCCGGAUACUACGCAGAUGUCGAAACACAGUGUCAAGUAUUCCACAUAUGUGCUUUAAACAGAACAUAUAAUUUCCUCUGUCCAAAUGGUACAAUUUUUAGUCAGGAGCAUCUAGUUUGUGUUUGGUGGAAUCAAUUCGAUUGCACGACUGCUCCUGGAUUAUAUGAUGAAAAUGCCGAUUUGUAUGAUCAAUCAGUGAGAUCGUUUGCACAAGUUGGAGUUGGGUCUGGCUUGACUAGUUCAAGUUCGACUGGCGGUUCAUAUCCCAUAAAAUCACAGAGUGGUCGACCAUCUAACACACAAAUAAGACAACCAGGUAGUGGCUCAACUGGCUCAUCAACGGGCCUUUUCGGGUAUCCAACAGCUCCUGUUAGCGGAUUUGUUGGUUUAAAUCCUGCAGCAGGAUUUCAAACUGUUAGUCAAAUUCCUGGAUCGUAUUCUGCACCUUCUGUUCCAACAAGCUCUAGUGCAACUAUUCCUCUUGGAUAUCCGGAAUCAGGUCAAACAGAUGGAUCAUCAUUACAAUUAUCCCAAUCAUUUCCACAAAGAUACUUACCACCUAGGCAAGGGUGAAUUAUAGUUCUAAGAAUAAUUAUAUCAGUUUUAUUAUUGGAAGAUAUAUAAUUUAUUUCAAUAGAAAUAUAGACAAUAAAUGGUGA